AUAAAUUUCCAGUAAUCAGAGGAUGGCGUUAUGAAUUUAUAUAAUAUAGAAGAUAACGUUAAACGGUUCAGCAUUUCAGGAAUCAGUUCGGUUCUGCCGUCCGCGGCAACUAGUACUUUACUAAUUUAAUUAUAUGAAAUAUAAUUAAAAAUGGAUUGGUUUAUACAAACUUUUAUUUUGGUAUUUGGACUUUAUGUCUGUGAUGCGGGGUACGGUAUUCCUGCAUCCUCGGGCAGUCAAUAUUCCCAAGCGGACGCCGAAGCGCCUGCGUACGUGCCUCCGUAUUUGAAACAUCACAACUUCGCGAAAACCGGCCACUCCAAAACAUAUUCAGGCACAAAAACUUUCUCGGGUACUAAAACCGGGUAUGGAGGUUGGAAACACGGGUACGGGGGCGGUGAUACCGGAUAUGUGAGUCCCGGGUACGGCGGACCUGGUUACGGAGACGCAGGAGGCGGGUAUGGAAGCCCGACACCCGGUUAUGGAUACCCUUGGGUCACAUCCCCUAGAUAUGCUGAGACCAGGUCUUGGCACUCACAUUCUGGCGAAGUACCCAACUACCAACAGUUCUACAAUAACGCAAACCAGGCAUUCCAGCCUAAAUGCGAUCCUGAAUGCAAGAACACGGGUAUUUGCGUGGACACGAAUACUUGUCUCUGCUCCGCCAACUACUAUGGAAAGUACUGCGAGUUCGAGAAGAAGCCAUGCCUCUCGUACCCACCGCUACCGAUGAAUUCCAUGAGGAAAUGCUCUUCAGAGUUGUGUACAGUUACCUGCAUGGAAGGCUAUCGUUUCAUCGACGGCUCGACCGUGGCGAACAUGCGGUGCACGGACGGUCAGUGGACGCCCACCCGCGCGGACUUCACCAGCAUCCCCGACUGCGAGCCGGAGUGCAACCCUCCGUGUCUGAACGGCGGCGUCUGUCUCGCCCUCAACACUUGCCAGUGCCCGUCUGAUUAUAGAGGACCUCAGUGCCAGUAUGCGACCAACGUGUGCGACAUCCGCAAGCUUGCCUUCAACGGCGGUUACAAGUGCUUCGGCGACUCGGAGAAGUUCAGCUGCAAGUUGAACUGUCCCCCAGGGUCUACUUACAGCACUCCUCCAGCUGAGGUUUACACCUGCACCUACGCAAGCGGCAUCUACCAGCCACAGCCUAUACCGCACUGCGUGUUCAACGAUGUCGUGAUCAUCACACCCAGCAACCAGAUAUCUACGCAUCGAACGGACAUCCACACGGACACCUCAAGCGAGAGCCACAACGUCACCAGCACGCAAGUGAUCGACACCCUGCGCAACACAAAAUACCCUCACACCUACGCUGAGAGUCAGAAGAAAGUUCAAGUUAUUGUACAAGACCUAACGCCUAAAGGAGGGACCUGUAUGACCUGGGCUGGAGUGCAUUACAAGACUUUUGAUGGAGUGAUUUAUAGUUUCGAAUCACCAUGCCAACACGUGUUAGUACAAGACUCUAAGGAGCAUAAAUUCAAAAUUGCCGUGAAGCAUGGAGAUUGUAAGACACCGGUUAACUGUCCCAGCGAGCUCACCAUCUACUUGGAAGACAAGCCUUAUAUCCUGGCUGUUGGAGAGGAUGGGUCAGUAGUGUUCAGAACCACCCGUCGUCUGAUUCCAAUCCCAGCAUCUCUCCCUGGAAUCCGCGUGGCGAUGCCCAGCGACUAUAUUCAGGUCAAUCUGGACAACAUGGGAGUCACCAUCAAAUGGGAUAUGAACAACAUAGUCGUAAUAGAAGGCACUGUCGUGCUGUGGAACAACACCGAAGGUCUUUGCGGUAGACUGGAUGGAAACCCUGAAAACGACCUCGUCACCAAAGACGGUAACAUUGCGAAGACCAAGGCAGUGUUGGCGUCCUCCUGGCAGAUCAACAAAAUUGGAGACUUAUGCGACAGCAAUCCCACCGAGACAAGCGCUUGCGCAUCUAAAUCUGACGAUGACAUGAAGAGGGCCAUGCAGUUCUGCACUAAAAUAUUCACCAAAGAGAAAUUCCGCAAGUGUUCAAAGGUAAUGGACGUGUCUAUGUUGCUCGAAGCUUGUCAGUGGGACUACUGCGCGUGUACGACUAGCCUCAGUCCAGAAGAAUGUGCCUGCAGCACAGUGUCGGUGUACGCUAAGGAAUGUCUGCGUCACGGAGUAGAGGAGAUGAAGAACUGGCGUGAUGCUGACACUUGCCCAAUAUCAUGUCCCGAUGGCAAACUGUACAAAUCAUGCGGACCGGACGUCCAGCCCAGCUGCGCGUUCCCUUCGCCCCCGAACAAGGCAGACAACUCCUCAUGCGUCGAGGGCUGCUUCUGUCCCGAGGGUUUGCUGUUAGAAGGAGGUCGGUGCAUUCCGAAAUCCGAGUGUCCUUGCCGUUUGAGAAACAAGAGCUUCAAACCUGGAACUGUUUUGCCGAAGGAUUGCAACACCUGCACCUGCCAGGCCGGCGAGUGGACUUGCACGCAGGUCCCUUGUGGUGCUCGCUGCAGCGCCGUGGGCGACCCCCACUACACCACGUUCGACGGGCUGCGGUACAACUUCAUGGGCCGCUGCACUUACACUCUCUUCAACUCUGGUGACGUCAAUAUUGAAGUGGAAAACAUUGCGUGCUCAGGAGCUAUCACCGAGGCUAUGAACCUAGCCCCCUACACAGCGGAAGGCAAGCCGUCGUGCACUAAGGCCGUCAGUCUCUCGUACAAUGGAGUCAACAUCCAUCUGAAGCAGGGUGGUUUCGUCCUGGCUAAUGGGAAGGAGAUCUCUACGCUGCCCGUUGUGAUAGGAGAUAUCAGGAUACGAGCUGCGUCUUCUCUCUUCCUUAUUGUACAACUGCCCAAUAAAGUGGAUCUCUGGUGGGACGGCAACACUCGUGUGUUCGUCGACGUGCCUCCAGAUUUCCACGACAAGACCAAGGGUCUCUGCGGCACCUUCAACCUGAACCAAAAAGACGACUUCCUGACACCGGAGAACGAUGUAGAGCAAUCAGUCCUGGCGUUUGCCAACAAAUGGAAGACCAGGGAGUUCUGUCUCGACGUGGACACGAAGGAACCGGAGCAUCCCUGCAAGGCCAACGUGGAGAACAAAGAAGCCGCCGAGAAAUAUUGCAGCAAGUUAAAGAGCAAGCUGUUUGAGUCAUGCCACUGGUACGUGGACGUGGAGCCGUACUACGAGUCCUGCCUGUACGAUAUGUGCGCAUGCGCCGGGGACGUGACGCGCUGCCUGUGCCCCAUCCUCGGAGACUACGCCAUGGCCUGCGCCAAGGCUGGCGUGAUGGUGCAGUGGAGAUACAACGUUAAGGAGUGCGAACUGUCGUGCACCGGCGGUCAGGAGUACACGGUGUGCGCGGACAGUUGCUUGCGCAAGUGCUCGGACACGGCGCUGGCGGCGAGCGGCACUUGCAAGCCCAGCUGUGUCGAGGGAUGCGCUUGCCCUACUGGACAACUGUUAGACGACAGCGGGGUGUGCGUGCCAGUGGGACUCUGCCCCUGCUAUCACAAAGGACUGCAGUUCAAUGCCGGGUACAAAGAAGUCAGAGCGGGAAAGCGAGAAAGAGAACUUUGCACGUGUGUGGGAGCCCGUUGGGACUGUGCUCCCGCCACUCCUGAGGAGAUCCAGAACUACCCUCCAGCCGAAGACUUGAGAACCAACUGCAGCGCGAGCAACAACAUGGAGUUCACCACUUGUGAGAUCGCUGAACCUCUUACUUGCAAGAACAUGCAUCUUCCGCCAUCGUCAACAACUGCUGAAUGCCGUCCAGGCUGCCAGUGCAAGAAGGGUUAUGUGUUAGAAACAGUGUCUAAGAAGUGCGUCCUGGCGACAGAGUGCCCCUGCCAUCACGGAGGCAGGAGUUAUCCUGAUGGACACGUCAUGCAGGAGGAGUGCAAUAAAUGUGAAUGCAAGAACGGCAACUGGACUUGCACGAAGCGGAAGUGCGCAGGCGUGUGCAGCGCCUGGGGCGACUCGCACGUCACCAGCUUCGACGGCACCGACUACGACUUCGAGGGCGUCUGCACCUACCUCCUCGCCAAGGGAGUGAUGGACGGCAAUGAUGGAUUCGACGUUGAGAUUCAGAACGUCCCCUGUGGUACAACUGGCGCGACCUGCUCUAAAUCAGUGACUCUGAAGGUCGGUGGUGGAGGCAACGAAGAAAUAGUCUCCCUCACCAAGAACGCUCCAAUUCCCGACAUCUCUAAACUGAAGCGAAUCAAGCUCCGCAUUGCGGGAAUAUACGUAUUCCUGGACGUCCCGUCGCUGGGAAUGAGCCUGCAGUGGGACAGAGAGCUGCGUGUUUACGUCAAGAUCGAUUCCAUGUGGCAGAACAGGGUGAAAGGUCUUUGCGGUAACUAUAAUGGAGACAUGCGCGACGACUUCCAAACGCCCUCUGGCGGAGGGAUGGCUGAGUCCUCGGCUCUCAUCUUCGCCGACUCUUGGAAACUAAAGCCUACCUGCCCGAAACCGCAGCCUGCUAUUGAUCACUGCAAACAACGCCCAGAGCGUCGCGAAUGGGCGCAAGAGACCUGCGGUGCCUUGAAGCGUUACCCUCUAUCUCUGUGCCACGCGGAGGUGCCGGUCGGCGCGUUCGUGCAGCGUUGCGAGCGCGACGCGUGCGCGUGCGACGCGGGCGGGGACUGCGCAUGCGCGUGCGCCGCGCUGGCCGCGUACGCGCACGCGUGCUCGCUGCGCGGACUCGACCUGCGCUGGCGCACGCCGCAACUGUGCCCGAUGCAGUGCGACGAAGAGUGCUCGAACUACGACCCGUGUGUGUCCGCGUGCCCGGUGGAGACUUGCGACAACACCCUGUAUUACACAGAAAUGAAAACCAACUGCGAACAGGACACCUGUGUUGAAGGUUGCAAGCCAAAGAAGUCGUGUCCCGAAGGCACUGUGUACAAGAACAGCUCGCUAACAGACUGUGUGCCGCGCGCCAAGUGCAAACCAGUGUGCAUGACCCUCGAGGACGGCCGCGAAAUAUUGGAGGGAGAGGUCAUCGAAGAGGACGCGUGCCACACCUGCAGGUGUUCAAAGAAACAUAGAGUCUGUACAGGACAGCCGUGCUCUACUGAACCGCCACACAUCGGCUCCACCGAACCAUCCAGUGAGAAGCCACACGACGAGCCGUUGAAAUGUGCCACUGGAUGGACCAACUGGAUCAACAGGGGUCCCCCAGAAACUGGACCCAAUGGGGAGUCCAUUGACAACGAACCACUCCCUAAGCCUAAGGAAUUGCAAAUUGGCUCCCCAAUGUGCAAGCCGGACAUGAUGAAGAAAAUUGAGUGCCGCACCGUCGAGGGUCACAAGGAGCCUAAGGAGACUGGUCUAGACGUGGAGUGCAGCCUGGAGAAAGGCCUGGUGUGCAAGGAGGUCGGCAAGGCUUGUCCAGACUUUGAGAUACGCGUGUUCUGCGAGUGCGAGGUACCCGAAGCUUGCGUCACCUCGGAACGUCCCAACGACCCCCACCCAACCGACUGCAGCAAGUUCUACGAGUGUGCCCCCCACGGUCCCACGCUGAAGGACUGCGCCCCCGGGACCCUGUACAACCCGGUAGCCAUGGUGUGCGACUGGCCUGCGGUCGUGAUCCCCAUGAGGCCGGAGUGUGGGGUGGCUGCUACUGCCUCCACGCCUACAACGGUCACCUUGGCUGCAACACCUAGUACACCUACUACAGUGGAAGAAGAAGAACAACGAACUUUAAUUUCGAAAGUCCCAUGGGCACCGGCAAUAAAAGUGCCGCCAUCGCCUGUCCCGAGCCGCUGUCCCCCGGGCAAGGUGUACAAGCCCUGCGCAUACCCAUGCGACAAACUCUGCGACUACUUCAAACGAAUACUGGUGGAUAAAGGCAGAUGUAUGCUGGAGUCCUGCGUGGACGGUUGUGUCGACGAGUCGGUCGCGAACAUCGAGUGCAACUUCGGGUCCUUCUGGCGCGACGAGCAGACCUGCGUGCCCGUACACGACUGCACCUGCUUCAGGAACGGGGAUAUCGUCAGGCCCCAUGGAGUGGUGCACGAAGGUUGCGUCUCCUGCCAAUGCAUGGACAACGAGCUGCACUGCGACUCCAGCCACUGCCCGAUGAUAGGCUCCACCCACUUGCCCAUGAUGGAAUACAGUCCCUCAGUCUACCCCAUAUACAGCCCCACGCCAUCUACUAAAGCCCCAGUUAAGAUUCCAAUCACAAUAACAUCAUCAGUGGGAUCGACUCCGUCUACGCCAGGAAUUAGUUCGCCUCCACUGAUAAUCAAGACGACUGUGACGCCGCCACCAGAAUGUGCGCCAGAGAGGUACAUAGACUUGAUGAUGGGCGAUCAACCUCUGCCAGACUCCUCGUUCAGUGCCAGCUCGAAGGCCAGUGAAUUGUUCGCUCCCCAUAACGCUAAGCUUUUCAGCCGCCCUACUGAUGUCUCAGCCGGCAGCUGGAAUCCACAAAUAUCAGACAAGAACCAGUACAUCCAAGUGGAGUUGCCAUCACGGGAGCCGAUCUACGGCGUGGUGAUGCAAGGAAGCCCCUUGUUCAACCAGUACGUGACCAGCUACGAGGUGUUGUACGGUGACGAUGGUCACACCUUCUCCACUGUCGACGGACCUGACGGCAAGAGCAAGGUGUUCCGCGGCCCCGUGGACAACAAUACCCCGCUGAAGCAAAUGUUCGAACCGCCGAUAGAGGCCAAGGUGGUCCGCAUCCACCCGCUGACGUGGCACGACGACAUCGCGGUCAGGAUGGAGCUCAUCGGCUGCGCGGAGCUCACCACCACCACGAUCACCACCAGACACACCACUGUUACCACUUUGGAGCCAAUGCAAUGCACGGAGCCCCUUGGCUUGGCGUCAAAUCUGCCUCUCCGGCAAAUAGACGUGAGUUCGAACAGCGACGCGAAGAGAUACUUCAAGCUGGACGGAGAGAGAGGCUGGAAGCCGCUGUACAGCACCCCAGGGGAAUGGGUCAUGUUCGACUUCACAUCACCGCGUAACCUCACCGGCAUCACCACUAAAGGUGGUCCAAGCGGAUGGGUGACGUCAUACAAGGUCCUCUACACGUCAGACCUGACCACCUUCAACCCAAUCAUCGACGAGGAUGGCAAGGAGAAGGUGUUCCCGGCCAACUAUGACAACGAUUCGGCAGUGACCAACGAGUUCAGACCCCCGAUACAUGCGCAGUACCUGAAGAUCUUGCCUUUGAAGUGGAAGGGAGGAAUGGAGAUGAGGGUCGAGCCUAUUGGAUGCUUCGAGCCUUACGCAGUGACAGAAAUGGUACCAAUACGCGAGGAGACGACAACGUUCUCCCCGAAGACGUGCGAGGUCUGUCCCGGGGUGCAGGACGUCGUCGACUGCGACUGCAAAUCUCCAGACGCUCCAUACUACGACGGGGAGAACUGCGUGGCUCGCAACCAGUGUCCGUGCGUCGAGUCCUUCAUGACAUAUCCCGUGGGAUCAACGUUCCGAGGCACCAACUGCGACGAAUGUGUUUGCAAGCUCGGCGGAGUGCCUAGCUGCAAGCCAGUCAAGGCGUGCGAGUGUGACAAUGUUAACCUGGUACCAAAGCUAUCGCCUAAGUCAUGUGAAUGCUCCUGCGAACCCUGCCCGCCUGGUACUAAGAUCUGUCCCACCAGCAAACUGUGCCUUCCUCUUGAGAAGUGGUGUGAUGGAUUGCAAGACUGUCCUGACGACGAGCGAGAUUGCACCACCACGAUGGUCACCGUCACCGAGGCACCUGUCAUUACCACCGUGGCACCGACAGCCGCCGCCACCCAGCCUUCUACCACCACCACGAUUGCACCAAGCACUACGACCAAACGUAGAAACCCUAUCAAAAAAGGAUCCUUCUCGCGCUCACGCAAAGAAAACAUAGCGAAUAAAGUAAAUAAACAUAAGAAGACAUGGAUGCAGCGCAAAUCUGAAGAAUGUCCGGAGGUGAAAUGUCCGCCUGGUUACAUCAUAAGCUACGCCACGAAGUCAAGCUACACGCGAUACGCCACUAGUGACCUGCCACCGCCAAGACCGAGGGUCUCUUACCAGCGAUAUUAUAGGGGAUACAAGGGAGGUUAUGAAAGAGGUGGAUACGCGAAGGGAGGAUACGCCAAGGGCGGUUACGCUAAAGGAGGAUAUUCUAAAGGAGGUCUGCCGCCACCACCGAAGCCGAACCAAGCAUUCUCUCUCGACAAGCCUGAUGUGGAUAACAGUCACCUAGCGGUGAAGAAGGAGUGCGUGCAGUUCAGGUGUAUUCCUAAGUUGCCACCGUUUGUGCCACCCGGCGCCACUGCUCCGCCCGUCGUCUGCACGGUGACCACCUGCCCACCAGGGUACACGGUGAAGUUGGAACGCAGCAAGUCUGCAUCCAACAUGUGUCCUCAGUACGAAUGUGUGCCACCGCCAGAGCGUCCGGUGUUCUGCAACAUGACCGGGCGAACAUUCAAUACGUUUGACGGCAACGAGUACAAGUACGACGUGUGCUUCCACAUCCUCGCCAGAGACAACCGGUUUGACGCGUGGCUCAUCAUCCUCCGCAAGAAAUGUGUCCAAGACGGAUGCCAGAAUGAGUUGAUAGUCAUGCAAGACGACCAGCUGAUCCUGGUUAAGCCGAACAUGAUGAUUGAGUACGACAACUACGAAUACACCAUCGAGCAGACGAGGAAGAUCUGCUUCCAGAAGAACAGCUUCGAUGUAGACCGGCUUGGUGAUGGCGUCUCUAUCAAGUCCAGGAAAUACAACUUCACUGUCCUGUUUACUAAGAAUGGAGAUGUUAAGAUUGGGGUGCUGAAAAAACUCCAAGGCUCCGUGGACGGCAUGUGCGGUGCAUUCGACGGCAACCCGCGCAACGACCGGCAGUUACCCGACGGUCGCCUCGCCACCACCAUCGACGAGUUCGGCCGCGGCUGGGGCAAGCCCGGUCUGCCCGCCGACGCCUGCGCACCACGGAUCACGCCGCCCGUCCAACAGCGUGAAGUCUGGGAUCUGUGUAAAGUUAUCACCGAGGAGCCUCUGUCCCAAUGCGCUGAAGUAUUGAACCUGAACAAAUGGCGCCACAUCUGUCUGGAGAAUGUUCUGGAAUGCUCUCAGCUGGUAGUGAACGGCUCGAAGAGGAGCCACGAGGAGUGUCGCUGCCUGUUCCUGGAGCAGAUGGUAGCGGAGUGUCUCGCUGCCGCCAAGGACCUGGAUGUGGCUGCGUGGAGAAUCAUGAUGGAUUGCCCGGCGGAGUGCGCGGCGCCGCUGGUGCACUACGACUGCUACCGCAAGCGCUGCGAGCCGACGUGCGCGGGCUGGGGGCCGGCGCGCGCCGCGUGCCCGGCCGAGGAGGGCCAGUGCUUCCCCGGCUGCUACUGCCCCGACGGCACGCUCAGGAGGGGCGACCAGUGCGUCGUGCCCGCCGACUGUCUGGACUGCACGUGCACAGGAGUGGGUACCCCGGGUAAAUACGUGACGUUCGAAGGCGACGACCUGCCGUUCCUGAGCAACUGCACCUACCUCGCGUCCCAGGACAGGAACGAGACCGGACAACACAAGUACCAGGUGUUCGCGACGAACGGCCCGUGUGAAGACAACCCCGCCGUGGUCUGCACCAAGAGCGUGCACCUCGUCUACGGGAAGGACGUCAUCCACAUCACCAAGGACGCCAGUAAGAAGCUGCUAACAAUGAUCGGAAGUAAGACCGUGUACAAAUACCCCGUGAACAAGGAGUGGGGCACCAUCAGCCUGGUCAACGGACAGGACGUCACCGUCAGAAUACAAGACAUACACGUCGAGCUAACGGUGCUGGAGUCUAAGAUGGAGUUCGCGGUGCAAGUGCCGUCGUUCCUGUACGCCAACCAGACGGAGGGGCUGUGCGGCGUCUGCGCCGGGUACCAGGAGGAGCUCAUCACCAGCAACGGCACCGCCACCAACGACUUUGAAGAGUACGGCAAGAGCUGGCAAGCGAGUCCCGCGGCCCUGGAGCAGCUGGACAUCCCCCCGCAGGAGCAGUGCACGGAACCCGAACCUCCACCGGAAUGCGUCACACCACCUCCGGAGAACAACCCGUGCUUCAACUUGUACAAUGCUGAUAGAUUCGGACCGUGCCACGCGAUGGUGGACCCGGAGCCGUUCGUGGUGUCGUGCGAGGCGGACCUGUGCGCCAACGCGAGCGACGCGUGCGCCGCGCUCGGGCGCUACGCCGCCGCCUGCAGCGCGCACGACGUCUGUCUGCCGCACUGGAGGCGGGACCUCUGUCCGUACCCCUGCGAGGCGCCACUAGUGUACAGAACUUGUGUGGACUGCGAGAGGACUUGCGAGAACAACGAGGAACUAGAAAAGAGCCCGGAGAAGUGCACCAACAAACCUGUGGAGGGAUGCUUCUGUCCUGAGGGAAUGGUUCGUCUAAACAACACGUGUAUAGAGCCAAGCAAGUGCUUCCCGUGCGACGCGAAGAAGGAACACUACGCCGGCGAUGAAUGGAAGGAGGACGCGUGCACAUCCUGCACGUGCAGUAAGAUCCCGGGCGAGAACUCUGCGCACGUGUCGUGCACCACGCAGGGCUGCGCGCCGCCGACGUGCUCGGACGCGCAGGACCUCGUGUCGCCGCCGCCGCGCCCCGGCCAGUGCUGUCCCGAGUACCACUGCGCACCAAAGAAACAAGAACACUGCGAGGAAGCCAAGAAGAUAGUGUGCGGCUUCGGUCAGGUGCUAAAACAGAAGACACUGCCUAAUGGAUGCAAGACGUACGCUUGUGAAUGCAAACCAGCAAGCGAGUGCGAGCAGAUACCCUCAGAGAGCGAGGUGGAGAUCAUGGAGCCGGGCAUGGAGCGGCUCAUCGACAACAGCGGCUGUUGCCCACGCGUGGACUUCAUCUGCCGCGUGGAGACCUGUCCCAAGCCGCCCACCUGCCCCAAGUUCCAUAACCUGAAGACUGCUAAUGUUAGUGGGAAGUGCUGUCCGGAGUACUCUUGUGAAUUGCCCAAAGACAAAUGCGUGGUAACCCUAGAAUGGGAGUCCGCUUCCAAGGGCGGUGAGAAAGCAAGGAAGACGCCUGAAGUUGUUUUGAAAGAUACGGAGGCGGUGUGGGCGGACGGUCCGUGCCGCUCGUGCCGGUGCGAGGCGGCGGGCGCGGGCGCGGGCGCGGGGCCGGCGCCGCGCUGCGCGGUCACCGAGUGCGAGCCGGUCGUGAGCUCGGAGCAGUUCGUGCUGGAGCCGCGCGCCGUGCCGUUCGCGUGCUGCCCCGUGCCGCAGUACGUCGCGUGUCGCGACCGCGACAAUGUCUACAAGGUUGGCGAAAACUGGACGUCGCCCACGAACCCGUGCGAGAAGUACCAGUGCGUGCAGGCGGACGACGGCAAGCUGGAGAAGGUGACCACCGUGCAGCACUGCGACGACGACUGCCAGCCCGGCUGGAAGUACUUCCCGGCGGAUGCGGCGAGUGGCGAGUGUUGCGGCAAGUGCAGGCCCGUCGCGUGCGUCGUGGACGGAGUGGAGCGACCCAUCGGGGAGAAAUGGACCUCCUCGGACUUCUGCGCCAACUUCACUUGCGUCAAUCUGGAAGGAACCCUGCAAGUGCAAAGUUCAAACGAGACGUGUGCGGAAAUGCCCUCGACCCUGAAGAAGCAGUUCGUGGUGGAGACGGAGAAGGUGGAAGGCAAGUGCUGUCCCAAGUUCGAGCCGGUCGCGUGCAAGUUCGGCGACAAAGUAUAUAAGGUUGGCGAGAACUGGACGGACCCGACAGACCCAUGCGAGAUGUAUUCAUGCGCACGCGCAGAGGACGGCAAGCUCGAGCGGCUCACCACCAGGCAGCACUGCGACACCACCUGCCAGCUGGGUUGGAAGUACGAGGCAGCGGAUCCGAAGUCCGGGGAGUGCUGCGGGCGCUGCAAGCCGGUGGCGUGCGUGUUCCAGGGGCUGGAGCGGCCCGUGGGGGACGUGUGGGUGUCGGCAGACUUCUGCACCAAUUACACCUGCGCCGAUAUCAAUGGAACGCUGCAAGUGGAGAGUUCAGACGAGACCUGUCCAGAAGUGUCGGAGGCUGUAAGGAAACAGUUUGUCCUCAAAGAGGAGAAGGUGCCCGGCAAAUGCUGCCCUAUCGAGGAGGCGGUCGCGUGUCGCGUCGGAAACAAGAUCUAUCAGGAGAAUCAAACGUGGCCGUCAUCGAACCCGUGCGUGAACGUGACGUGCAGCCGAGACGCGGACGGCAAGCUCGCGCACACGGAGAGCGUGCAGGCGUGCGACAAGUCGUGUCGGCGCGGCUGGACGUAUCGUGCGCCCGCGCCGGCCGAGUGCUGCGGCCGCUGCGUGCAGAGCGCGUGCGUGCUGCCCGACAGGCUCGUCGAGCCCGGCUCUACAUGGCAAUCGGAAGACAACUGCACCACGUUCUCGUGCGACCAGGCCGGCGAGGAGAUCUUCGUGACGUCAGCGCGGCCGAUAUGCCCCGAUGUGUCCAAGUGCGAGCCGGAGGACCUCGUCAAUGAGACCUGCUGCCAGGUGUGCAGGGAGAAGGGACUGGCACACAGUAAAUGCACGCCGGAGGUGAUCAGCAGCGCGAAGACCCUCGGCCUCAUCCGCGUGCACAAGGGAGUGCGCGGCCUCUGCGUCAACAACGUACCGCUCAGAGGGUUCGCGGAGUGUCGCGGCAGCUGCGACUCCGGCACGCUGUAUAACAACCAGACCGGCAGCCACGACUCGAAGUGCGAGUGUUGUCAGGCGUCAAAAUACAGCCCAGUGAUGGCGGAGCUGACCUGCGAGGACGGCAGCACGGUGGCGCACCAGGUCGCGUCUCCGUCCAAGUGCGCCUGCCAGCCUUGCGGAGGACCCACCGUCUCCAAGUGGCACGGAUCCAAGUCGCGCUACACUGGAACGAAGACUCCAAAAGUUCCAGCACACGAUCGUGACGAAGAAGAAGAUUACAUUCCUUCCUUCGCCCGUAGGUUUGGAGAAGUGUCGUCAGAGAAGCCACCGCGUAGAUAAACUUAAUCAAACAGUAUGCUUAAUGUAAGUUUUGUAUUAAACCAUUUGAAAUGUAGGUCUGUGUAAAUAAGGAAGCAAUAACUCUGAAAAUUUACUGUACACAUAAAUUCUUAGAAAUAAUUUGGCGAAAUGAUUUGACAGAUUAAAAUGAUUGCAUUUUUCAAAAGAUUAGAAAUUUAAAAACACUGUGAUAAUUACAUUAAUUUAUAAUAAAAAAUUACUAAGUUCUUGUACUUGCAAACAAUUUAAGUUUCAUAUAUUUUAUUCACAUUAUUUAUCUGAUUUUUGAGAUAUUUUGUAAAUAAGUGCUGACACCAAAUAAUUAAUUAUUUAUAAAUAAUUUGAAUUAAAUGUAUUUGUAAAUGACAAUAAUACACAGAUCACAUUUAUAAUAUAUUUUUGUAAAUAAAUCGUACAGCAAUUAAUAAAAAAA